AUGAAUGGCGUCUCGUAUAUUUAUUCGGUUGGUGAAGGAGAAAAGACCAUGUUUGAGCUAACCAAAGUGGUGAUAUCUUUGAUUGCAGGCUUUGGGUUAUAUUCGCUAUUGGAGGUGGUAUUUCCUCCUUUUAACUUCCCCAAAAAUAUCCCAACAAUACCAUUCUAUGUAUCGUUUAUCAGUACAUGGACUAACCUAGACCAAAAGGAUAUCUACAGCAGGUAUUUGCGAGAAAAAUUGGAAAAGCAUGGGGCGGUUAAGAUUUAUUUUGCAUCAAGAUGGAACAUCUUGGUGUCAAGACCUGAAUAUUUAGUUCAAGUGUUCAAGAACGAAGAUAUUUACGCAAAGAGUGGAAAUCACUUGAAGAUCCCGGGCUCUGUUUUGGCCAGCUACACUGGUGAUAAUGUUAUAUCAGCACACGGCUCCUUAUGGAAAUUGUAUCGAGAGGUGGUAUCGCUGACCAUUCAAUUUCCCGAUUUGAGCACAAUACACCAAAACACCAGUAAGUUUUUGAACUUGCUUGAACAAGAAUUGGCCACUAAAUCGUCGAUAUUGGUUAAUGACCUACUUCAGAGAUACUCCUUAGCCAAUGUUGGUGAUGCCAUUUUUGGAGUCGAUUUUGAAGCCUUGGACAGUAAGGAAUCUACAAUCCACCAAAAGAUCAAAUACAUCAAGCUGCAAAUUUUCAAACCGUUUUUCAUGAACUUCCCCUAUGUGGAAAAUUUCCCUAUUCCUAGUCGAAUUAAAGCUAAACGGCAGGUGGAAGGUUUUAGAACAUGGUUUGGCCAAAACCUAUUGUCAAAUUACAACCCAGAAAAAGAAAAUAGUGCAGCUACAAAGUUGGCCCAAGCAUUGUACAAUGAGAAAUUGACACAGAAACAAUUUUUUGACAAUGCAAUUAUAAUAAUGGUUGCUGGGCAUGAAAACCCCCUUUUGCUUAUGCUUUCCUUGUUAUUUGUCCUUGCAAAAUAUCCAGAUGUGCAGGAGUUGGUUCGUAUGGAAAGAGAUUCUGAACAGCCAUUCUUGAGCUCUGUGAUUUACGAAACUUUAAGGUUGUACCCACCCUUGGGGCAAAUAAUCAAUCGUUGUACAACAAGGCUGGUCUGGCUAAGCAAUAUAUAUAUUCCCAAGGGUGUUUAUGUUGGGUACAAUAAUAUGGCUACAGGAAGAGACAGGACAGUAUGGGGCAUUGAUGCAGAUCAAUUUCAACCUAGUAGAUGGGGUACAACUUUAACUGAAAUCAAUUCAAAUUACUCAUCCGCAAAAAGGUCAGGUAGGUUACCUGCAUUUCAUGGACGCAAGCGAGCUUGUUUGGGGGAAAAGUUUGCAUUACAUGAGUCGAAAUGGUCUAUUAAUUCGAUUCUAGAAAAAUACAGGAUAAGUCUAGAUGUAAAUUGGAAGGAGAAAAUAACUCCUGCUGGACCUAUUAGUCCAUUAGGGAUGAAGUUGGAAUUUGAGAAAGUUGAAUGGUGA